GCUGCACUUGGAGCAACAUCUUCCUCUUCCACCUUCCACAGCUGAUCUGACUUCUUUCUCAAGCACCUGACAGAAUGCAGGUACCGAACAGAGCCGUUGGAGCUUAUGGAUACUCCGUGCGUAAUUACGCACCAGCACCGCUGUAUCAGCAGUACCAUGGGAGCCCCUGUGCGCCUUCAACGAAGCCUUCCAGUGGGAAAUCUUUCACCAUCGAUGCUUUGCUCGCCAAGCCGGACGACACAAGCAGCUGCCGGACAACGACUCAGUGCGGAGAGAAAUAUCAGCCAGCAGCUCCGGUGCUGCCGCUCACCGGACACAUGGGCUUACCGAUCUCAGCAGCGCCUUACGUCUACUCACCGAACAUGCUGCACUCUCACGUCCACACACAACCUGGAUAUUCAGUCUACUGCUGCCCGCCGUUCACCUACCAGUCCUCGUGUCGUGGAGCAUUUUACGCACAAGCUUCGAUGUCCAAAGUGAACGCAGGGCUGCACUCCUUCAAAACCAAAGGUGGGAAGUCCAAACGGAUGCGCACCAGCUUCACCAGCGAGCAGCUGUCCCGGCUGGAGAAGGAGUUCGCUCGGCAGCAGUACAUGGUCGGCUCGGAGAGGUUCCUCCUGGCGUCCGCGCUCCAGCUCACAGAGGCUCAGGUCAAAGUCUGGUUCCAGAACAGACGCAUCAAGUGGCGCAAACAGAGUCUGGAGCAGCAGCAGGCCAAACUGGCCAAACUGGGCCUGGCUGCUCCGCCGAAAAGUCCCGGAUCUCAAGGCCACGGAGAUGAAGGGGAUGAGGACGAGGAGUUCUCCGACCUGGACGUGGACAUCGACGUGUCUGAUGACUCUGCUGACCACUGCUGACCUCACACCUCUGUGGACUGUUGGAAGGACUUGUUGUACAUAGAGCUGAGAAAGAGGCCAGUGUCUCCAACUCGGAAUAUUUAAUAGAUGUAUAGUUAUAUAUUUAAUUUUCUACUUUUAUUGCUCUUUGAUGAGUUCACUUCAUGUGUUCAGACUUUUUUGUACGUUUGAAUGAAAUCAGAAAUAUAUUUUAUGACAUGAAAUAUGAAACUUUGUCCUGGUUAUUCUUUGGUGCAGAGAAAUGUUUGAAAGAUUUCAGAGGCAAGAAGAAAACUGACUGAAUUUUACUGUAAUAAACACGGUGAAACCUUCCCUAAUAUUACACUGCUGAUUUAAGGUACAUUUGAAAAUGUUUGGAAUAGAUUUCAUGGUGAAAAAAAUU